AUGUCUGGCAGACAUCUCAUUUUGGAUGGCUGCUCAUCAACUGAAGCUCAAUCUCAGUAAAACCGAACUGUUGUUUAUCCCUUGUGACUCAUCUCCAGGUCAAGACCUUGUGAUAUCCAUGGACAACAACCAAAUCACUCCUUCAGCCACCGCCUGCAAUCUUGGGGCUACUCAGGUGCUUGUUCAGUCCCUUGUUAUUUCAAGACUGGACUACUGCAACUCACUCCUGGCAGGCCUGCCUCUGUCCACGAUUCGUCCUCUGCAACUGAUCCAGAAUGCAGCAGCACGUCUUGUUUUUAACCUCCCCAAGUUCUCCCACACCACCCCACUCCUCCGCUCCCUGCACUGGCUUCCUGUAGCUGCCCGCAUCAAAUUCAAAACACUGAUGCUUGCCUACAAAGCUAAAAAUGGCCCAGCACCCACUUACCUCUCUGCGCUAAUUACACCACGCACUGCACCACGUUCCCUCCGAUCCUCCAGCACUGCUCGCCUCAUCCCACCAUCUCUCAGGGAUCGAGGGCGGCAUUCAUCCAGGCUCUUUUCUGUUCUGGCACCUAGGUGGUGGAAUGAACUUCCUCUAGAUGUCCGUACAUCAGAGACUUUGACUAUCUUUAAACGACGACUCAAGACUCAUCUGUUUCUCCAGUACUUGGACUAAC